AGUCCAGCCCGCUCAUAGAGACAGAAACAGACGGAGAAGAACAUUCAGUUCUAGCUGAACAAGCGCGCGAGUCUGACGGAAUAAUACAUUCAGUGAUACAUUCAGUGAUCUGAGGAUACAUUGUUACAUUGUUGCCUCUGAGCUGCUCUAGAACUGCGAGUUACACAUAAAGCUGUCAACCUGGAAUUAUUGUUACUGGGUGAACUGUAAAUAUCAGGAUCUAUUUGCAAUUCUGAAGAGUUCAAAUAUGGACGCAGCAAAACAAGGAGGCGUCAUAGCGUACGUUUGCUCCGCAAGGUCCGCCCCCAGCCCUGAGUCAUGCAUGAGUGACAGCUCAAACAGCCGCUCCCCUUCAUCCUCUCCGCCUCUGCUCAUCAAUCCGAGCCGUAAUACAGACCUGCUCACCGUUGGACAACUCUCCAAGCACUCUCACCCGCGCAGCUAUACCUCUGACAAGACCGGGACGACACUUUCCGGCAAGAGCAGCAUCACAAAGCUCAGUGGAAUGGUGCUACUGUGUAAGGUGUGUGGAGACGUGGCCUCGGGCUUCCACUAUGGUGUGCAUGCCUGCGAAGGUUGCAAGGGUUUCUUCAGAAGAAGCAUCCAACAGAAUAUUCAGUACAAGAAAUGUCUGAAAAUGGAGAGCUGCACUAUUGUGCGAAUUAACCGUAAUCGCUGCCAGCAGUGCCGCUUCAGGAAGUGUUUAUCAGUCGGGAUGUCAAGAGAUGCUGUUCGAUUCGGACGCAUCCCCAAACGGGAAAAACAGCGCAUGCUUCUGGAGAUGCAGUCGACCAUGGACAGCAUGAUGAACAACAAUCAACUCCAGUGUAUGCUUCACAGCACACAGGUCACACCGUGCGCUAUCGAGACCAACCAGAGUGACUCCAGCUUUUCCUCAUCAUCGCCGCCGGAUUCACCGCAGUCCUCUUCGGAUCCUUGCCGGGACUCCGAAUCAGUCAUUCCCAUGGAUACAUCCAUGAGUUCUGCGUCCUCCUGUUCGUCGGACAGUGGCGAGGAAGAUGCAGUGAGCAACAGAGCUGUUCGGAGUGAGGACCUGUUCACGUACAUCAGUUCAGUCUCACCUGCCAGCUCAGAAACCCUGAGCUGUAGUAUCAAGGACGAGAAGCAACAGCGAGAAUGCUGGAUGCAAUGUUUGAAUGGAAGUGGUGUCGUCGACAUCCAGCGACGCUCCGACUGUGAGAACGGCCUGCAAGUCACAACUGCAUCUUACAGGGAAUAUGUUACUGAGUACCAAGCGACCCAACAGUGCAGUCGAAACCUUAGUGGAGGUGUGCAAGAAAACUUUCCUUACCACGCAUACAACGGGAACAGCAUCAACGAACUCCAAAGAGGAGGAAACAGAGGGCAUCUGGUAUGUCCCAUGAAUUUUUCUCCCUUCGUGGACCCCUGCAAGCCCGGUCAUGAAAUCUGGGAGGAGUUUUCCAGAGGUUUCAUCCCUGCUGUCAGAGAAGUCGUGGAGUUUGCAAAGCGGAUCCCCGGCUUUCAGGAUCUCUCCCAAAAUGACCAAGUCAACCUUCUGAAGGCUGGAACAUUUGAGGUGUUGAUGGUGCGGUUUGUGUCUUUGUUUGAUGUGAAAGAGCGGACUGUGAGCUUCCUCAGCGGCAGGAAGUACAACAUGGACUUAUUGCACUCUUUGGGUGCUGGAGAGCUGCUCAACUGUAUGUUUGAGUUCAGUGAGAAACUGACCACCCUGCAACUUAACGAGGAGGAGAUGAGUCUCUUCACCGCUGUGGUUCUGGUGUCUGCAGACCGGACAGCCAUUGAGAACAUAAACGCUGUGGAGGUCUUGCAGGACACUCUUAUCAGAGCUUUGAGGAACCUGAUCAUGGAGAACCACUCGAGUGACUCGACCAUCUUUACCAAGCUGCUGCUAAAGCUGCCUGAACUGCGCUCGCUAAAUAACAUGCACUCAGAGGAGCUGCUAGCCUUCGAAAUCCAACCUUAAACCAACAUGUGCUUCCUCUACUUUCUGUCUGACCAACGUGGGUUGAACAUUUUACUCUUGAAUGUAUUUAACAUGCUUUUUUUUAACUCAUAAGGCUUGAAGUGUUGAAAUAACGCACCAUUUUUUUUUUUUUUUUAUGAAUAAAGACCCUUU